CGCUGGCUGGCCCGCCCGCCCGACAUCCUAGCUUCCCGCGUGCGCGCUCUCUCGCUCGCUCUCUCGGUAAAUGAACGCGGGAAGCCGUGACAGCAGUUGUGAGCGGUGGCAUGCCGAGAGCAAGUUCGUCUGCGCGUACGACGUCGUAGUGUCGUAGUCCUGCGGAGAAUUUUCGCGUUCGGGGCGAAAGUGUUGUUACUUGAUCAGUUCUCAACGCUUAACUCUGAAAGAAAGGGGGGAUCGUUCAACGACGUCAAUGGAGACGAGAUAAACGGCAGCUCGAGGACCCCUUAGGAUAUACCCACACGCACACGCUCGCGCAGCAAGCGGGCACCGCGGGAACCGCACGGGUUGCAAACAACCCCGGAACAACUGUUUGUUACUCGGACACAGACGUACCCAUGAGCAUCGUGGUGGACGAAUCGGAGCCCGUGGGAGAACUCGUGGCCCCGUUUGAGCCGAGAAAUAUAUCUUGGCGUUACAAGGAAAAGGUAUCCAGCCUUUACCAAGUGUUUGACGAGGAGCUAGGUAGGGGCAAGUUCGGCGCCGUGUACCGAUGCAAAGAGAAGAAAAAUGGCCGAAUCCUCGCAGCGAAGUACAUCAAGACGGCGCGGCCUGCCGAUAAGAAGGAGGUGGAGAACGAGGUGGCCCUCAUGCAGGAGCUGCAGCAUCCGCGGCUGCUGCAGCUGUAUGACGCCUUCGAUACGGGCUCCGAGAUGAUACUCAUCAUGGAACUGAUCACGGGUGGCGAGCUGUUUGAGAGAGUGAUCGACGAAGAGUUCCUACUGACAGAGAAAGCCUGCGUCAUUUUCCUGCGGCAGAUCUGCGAGGGCGUCUCCUUUAUGCACUCUGUCAACAUCAUUCAUCUCGACAUGAAGCCGGAGAAUAUCCUGUGUGUGACGCGGGCCGGAAAUCGCAUUAAAUUAAUCGAUUUCGGGCUGGCCCGGAAGUUUGACCCCAACGAUACCGUCAAAGCGUUGUUUGGAACGCCGGAGUUCGUUGCACCGGAAGUGAUCAACUACGAUCGGAUUAGCCCCCUGACGGACAUGUGGAGCGUCGGAGUGAUCACGUACAUCCUGUUGUCCGGUUUGUCACCGUUCAUGGGCGACAACGACGGGGAGACGUUCGGCAACAUAUCCAUGGUGGAAUACGACUUCGAUGACGAGUCAUUCGACGAAGUGUCGGACGACGCCAGAGACUUCAUCGACAAACUUCUAGUCCUAAACCAAAACAAACGAAUGUCAGCCAAGGAGGCCUUGAGACAUCGCUGGUUAGAGAAGGAAGAAGUGCGGGACACGAAACUCGACAAGAAGAAGCUGAAGAAGUACGUGAUAAAGAGACGCUGGCACAAGGCCACCAACGCCAUUCUCGCGUUACGAAGAAUGGGCGCCAACAUCUAACUCCAGCGUCGCAGACGACUCUACAUUCAAACCCGAAUGAGCGCCCUCUAUACUCCUGACGUUCUAUUUCCGCACAGUAGCAGACCAACGAACUGCUGGCGUCCGCGGGGGGAGGCGCCUUUUCACCAAUGCGUCGUCUGCUUGGACGGUUGUGACGUGUCGGGCUACGGCGACGUUUAUGGGAGGUUUUGAUCUCGUUUUUGGUUUGUCGCUGCGAACAUUUCCGAUGUUGGAACAACAGGGGUAUUAUGACUAGCAGACGAGAGGACUGUCUGCCAUCACUGCGUCACUCCGACGCCAUUAGUGCGUCAUUUCGGCGCCAUUACUGAGUCACUACAGUUACCAUAUUUCUACCAUCGAGGCUGGUUUAUCGAGUACCCGGAUGCCUUUUCCCUCCAUUUGAGAUCACUGCGAGUAGUUUAUGUGGGAUGAGAUCGCUGUCAUGUAUAGUCAUUUUAAGAGAUCUCCUCUCGCUAUAUACGUUUUUAUCUAUAUAUUAUCUAUGUGUAAUUUAUUCGUUAUUUAAUUGUUCUUAUGAAGACUGCUGACGUGUAAACGUAGUUUUGUGCUGUCGUAUGGAGGUUUUACCGAUAACACAUUAUCUCUAUUAGCUAAGACUUCUCGCCGCAAAAGCCGACUGUGCUCUUGGCCAUGGCACACAGCAUCAAGCACAUAUAUAAAUUCGGCAAGUCUAAUAAGAUGAAUAUAUUACGCAAUCGGUCAUUACCAAUCAGGAAUGUUCACUUCUAGUCACGUAUAAGCGCUACCGGCCGGUAUAUCAUUUUGUAGUGAAAUCUGAUGCAUGAAAGUCGAAAGCACUCGUUCCUUACAUUUCCAUCAAUAACGAUGCCAGCUGCAGUACCAUUUUUGGCACGAAAUUCAAUGUGCCGCCACCUAGUGGCAAAUAAAAUCGUAUUUAUUUCUUAUGAAUAAACCGGCAGGACCUAUAAUAUAAGCAAUAUGCUUCGCCAUCUGACAGCACCCUGCAGCAGGCAAAUCAGAAGUGACGGCCCCUUGCGUGUUUAUAUAAAGUUAAACUUUGUUUAGUAAGCUGAAGGCAGUUAGCUUUACCACGAGAAUCGUAAUGUAACGUGACGUGUGUCUGUGUGUGUGUUUGCUGUUAAACACACACCACGUGCCUGCGCGCGCGCGUGUGUGUAUGUGUGCCUUGGUAUGAUAAACGAAAUAUACAGUUAUAAAUAUUCUA